AUGAAGCUCGAUGUUGCACCUUCGCUUUUUGCCCCCCUUAGGACGAUCCGUCUUCACGAUCUCUGCAGAGGCUUUCCCGAAGAGAAAGAGAAACUCUAUGCUGCGGCCACAGAGGAUGGCAUUUUUUAUUUAGAUUUUAGCGAGGAACAGAAUGAGUUCGACCUUGCCAAUUUGACUGAGGGCAUUUACAGUCUGAGUCGGUCUCUGUUCGACCUCGACCUGGAGGAGAAGUUGCAAUAUGAUGUUGACAAGAUUGGAGAGUUGAAACUCAAUGGAUACAAACCUAUCAGCCGCAACAUUGGAGGCAUCAAAGGCCAGCGCGAUGGAUUUGAAAGUUAUGCUAUCCCCCGAAACGGUAUCUUAGCUUUCAACCCGUUCCCCCACCCUCCACUUCUAGACACCAACCUGUCUCUUCUCCGCAACUUCACUCUCACUUGCCUCGAAAUAGCCCAGUACAUCUUCGGCUCCCUAUCCGACUCCCUCGACCUCCCAGAUUCGCACUCCUUCGACACCUUCCACAGACCCGACGCCCCAGCCCCGGACAUCCUCCGUUUGCUCAAAUACGCCCCCUCCAGCGACGGAGACUCGGAGUUCCGCGUCCCCCAGACACCACACACCGACCUGGGUUCCCUGACCAUGCUCUUCGCCGAUUCCCCGGGACUACAGAUCAAGCCAGAUGGAUGUGAUGAGUGGCUAUACAUCAUGCCCAAGCAGAAUCACGCUGUGGUUAAUCUCGGGGACGCGAUGAGUCUCUGGACCGGUGGAUUGUUCCGGAGUGUCCUGCACCGUGUGGCUUCGUUGCCCGGGAGGGGUAUGAAUGAACGGUAUAGUUUCGCUUUCUUGAUGCGCCCGGAGAACCAAGCACCCAUGGUACCCUUGCUUGGGCCGUCUUUGCCGGUGGCUGGGGAGGAGGGUAUUUUGACGAGUGAGAACUGGAUUAAGACUAAGUUUGGGAUUUUGAGGGGCGAGACGGCGAAUGAUCGGAUUCUUACUGGGCGGAGGGAUGCUAAUAUUUGA